AUGGAUCCCACUCAAGUACCUAAUCUUUACAAGCAGCAACGGGGGCCUCCGAAGAUUAAAAAUAAAAAUCCUGCCCCGAUUCAAAUUACAGCUGAACAAAUCCUUCGGGAAGCUAAAGAGCGUCAAGAGGCAGCUAAAAAAGCACCUCGUCAAAAGAUUUCUGAUUUAGAAGAAUUGUCUGAGUAUCGUCUGCGAAAAAGAAAAGAGUUUGAAGAUACUAUUCGAAGAAAUCGCUUAAAUAUUGGGAGUUGGUUAAAAUAUGCUGCUUGGGAAGAAAGUCAAAAGGAGUUGAAUCGGGCGCGUUCAGUGUACGAAAGAGCACUCGAUGUGGAUUCUCGAAAUGUAACUCUUUUUAUUAAAUACACAGAAAUGGAAAUGAAAAAUUGUAAUAUAAAUCAUGCGAGAAACUUAUUUGAUCGUGCUGUAACUUUGCUACCGCGGGUAGACCAAUUUUGGUAUAAAUACACUUAUAUGGAAGAAAUGUUGGGUAAUGUGGCAAGUGCUCGCCAAAUUUUUGAACGCUGGAUGCAGUGGGAACCUGAUGAAUCAGCGUGGAAUGCGUAUAUAAAAAUGGAAAAAAGAUAUAAUGAGAUUGAUAGAGCCAGAGCAAUUUAUGAAAGAUUUGUUAAUGUACAUCCAGAACCAAAAAAUUGGCUUAAAUGGAUAAAAUUUGAAGAAGAGCAAAAUAAUUUAGAAAAAUGUAGAGAAAUAUUUAGUCAAGCGAUUGAAAUUUUGGGUGACGAUCAUAUGGAUCAAAAAAUUUUUGUUGCUUUUGCAAAAUUUGAGACUAGAUUAAAAGAGUUUGAAAGAGCUCGAAUUAUUUAUAAGUAUUCUUUGGAAAAACUGCCUCGAUCAAAAUCUGAAGCGCUUUAUAACGCAUAUACACAAUUUGAGAAGCAAUACGGGGACAAAGAUGGUAUUGAGGAUGUUGUCGUUGGGAAACGAAGGGCACAAUAUGAAGAGGAAUUAAAAACAAAUUCAAAGAAUUAUGACAUAUGGUUUGAUUAUGCACGGUUGGAAGAGAAUGCAGGUGAUUCACAAAAAGUUCGAGAAAUUUAUGAGAGAGCAAUUGCACAAAUGCCGCCAACACAAGAAAAAAGAUUUUGGCGACGAUAUAUUUAUUUAUGGAUUUACUAUGCUCUUUAUGAGGAGCUCGAAGCAAUGGAUUAUGAACGGACGAGGCAAAUAUAUCAAGAAUGUAUUAAAUUAAUCCCCCAUAAAAAGUUCACAUUUGCAAAGAUAUGGCUACUUUAUGCUCAGUUUGAAGUACGGCAAUUGAAUUUACAAGCUGCUAGGAAGACUCUUGGAAAUGCUAUAGGCAUUUGUCCAAAAGACAAACUUUUUAAAGGAUAUAUUGAAUUAGAAUUGCAGCUCCGGGAAUUUGAUCGCUGUAGAAUUUUAUAUACCAAAUAUUUGGAACAUAAUCCAGCGAAUUGUUAUGCAUGGAUAAAAUUUGCAGAAUUAGAAAGAAUGCUAGGAGAUUAUGACCGCUGCCGUGCAAUUUUCGAGCUUGCUGUCGAACAGCCUAUACUGGACAUGCCGGAAUUAUUAUGGAAAGCUUAUAUUGACUUCGAAUUUUCCGAAGAAGAAUUCAAUAAAACAAGACUGUUAUAUGAACGAUUGUUGGAAAAAACUGGACAUGUUAAAGUUUGGAUUAGUUUUGCACAAUUUGAAUUAAAUGCUGACGAAGGAAAUCGUGAAAUAGCCAUUGAACGAGCUCGUAAAGUGUUCGAGAAAGCAUACGCCAGUAUGAAGGAGAAAGAAUUAAAAGAAGAGCGCGUUCUACUCCUUGAAUCAUGGAAAGAAUUUGAAAGCAAUAAUGGCACGAAAGAGAUGUUAUCUGCAGUUGAAGCAAAGAUGCCGAAAGUGGUGAAGAAACGACGGAAAUUGGAAGAAACUGAAGGACAAGGGGUCGUGUGGGAAGAAUACUUCGACUAUAUUUUCCCUGAUGAUCAAGCGCAGCAACCUAAUUUCAGACUGUUGGCUAUUGCACAUGCUUGGCGCUCACAG